GUGUGUGUCCUCUCACUGAGAGACUGAUUGUAAGACUGACUGAGGAUGGUAUCAAGACUGAUUGUAGCAUCUCUCCCCCCUGAAAACAUACACAUUACAAAAACCACCAUCUUGUACAAAUAUCAAGAACGUAUCAGGUCAGAUCAGAGACAUCACUGCCGGUUUGUCAUGUUGCUGUUGUGUUGUGUCAUCUGAUUUUAAGAGUGAACAAGAACACGUGGAUGUGUUGUUUUGAAUCUGGGUUGAAGAGUGUCUCUCUUGUUCCCUCUGUAGGAGAGUCCGGCCUCGGGAAAUCCACCCUGAUCAACAGUUUGUUCCUCACUGACCUCUACAAAGACAGGAAGGUUCCUAAUGCUGAAGAACGGAUCGGUCAAACAGUCGACAUCACCAAGCACACCGUCAGCAUCGAGGAGAAAGGAAUCAAACUGAGGCUCACCAUCAUAGACACGCCCGGGUUUGGAGACGCCGUCAACAACUCAGAAAGCUGGAAGCAGAUCGAGGACUACAUCGACGAGCAGUUUGAAAAGUACUUCAGAGAUGAGAGCGGCUUGAACAGAAGAAACAUCCAGGACAACAGAGUUCACUGCUGCCUCUACUUCAUCUCUCCCUUCGGCCACGGCCUUCGACCUCUGGACGUUGAGUGCAUGAAGGCCAUCCACGAAAAAGUCAACAUAGUUCCAAUACUGGCCAAAGCCGACAGUCUGACACAAGCAGAGAUCUGCAGGAAGAAGAGGAAGAUCCAAGAGGAGAUGAAGCAGUUUGGCAUCAACAUCUACCAGUUUCCAGAGUGUGAUUCAGACGACGACGAAGACAUAAAGACGCAUGACCAGAUCCUCAAGGACAGCAUCCCGUUUGCAGUGAUCGGGGGUAACGUUCAAGUGGAGAGCAAAGGUCGCAGAUUCAGAGGUCGUCUGUAUCCCUGGGGGGUGGUCGAAGUGGAGAACCCGGCUCACUCUGACUUCCUGUUGCUGAGGAACAUGCUGGUGAGGACACACAUGCAGGACCUGAAGGACGUGACGCGGGAGACGCACUACGAGAACUACCGAGCGCAGUGCAUCCAGAACAUGACACGCAUGGUGGUGCAGGAGAAGAAACGCAGUUUGCGUGAGAAGUUUCACGAAGGCAGCGAGGACAACUUCCCUCUGCCGCUCGCCGCCGUUGACACUGAGACGGAAAGACUCAUCUUUGAGAAAGACGAAGAGCUGAGGAGGAUGCAGGAGGUGUUUGAGAGGAUUCAGGAGCAGAUGCAGCACAGUCACAGAGGCGGCUGCUGAUCCUCCCACGUGUCCCUCCCUGGGCGAGGAGACGGACCAGCAGCAAACAGGAAGACAGAGACAGAGACAGACCCCGUUUAUAGAAUGUGAUGUCAGAACAGGAAACGAGCCACAUGACAUUCAGAGCCUUGUCUGAUUAUUGUUCUCCAGGACAAUGCAUGAAUAGUGUGGUUUUCCCCAGUGGACGUGCACGAGACACAAGUGAUUCCUAUAAACCUGCUUUUUAAAAUGAAACUAAAAUCUCGUAAAAAAAACCUGCUUCGAAUUGAAAGUGACUUCUGCGAAAUCUUUAAUAGUUCAAAUGACAGAUUCCUAAUUUGACAUGAAUGUGAAAUAGCUUCAUUUGCCUGUUAAUUGUCCGAUUUACUUUUACUUUUAUUUUGCUUAAUAUUUUAUUAUCUAUGAAUAGAGGCUUUUAAAUUGUGCUAGUUCCACCAACAGAUCAUAACGACUUGUCUCAACCCAACACUUUCAUUAUAUCUUCAAGAAAACCAGACAAUAAUAUCUAAAUAUUUCUUUGUGCAUCAAAUUCAACUUGAAACUUUUGGGCCAUGAUGAAUCUAAAUAUCAAUAAGCUGCACUUAAAGUUUGUUGCUUGGACAACAGCUCCAGAUAAAUAGAAGAAGCUUGAACUUUGAAAAAGACUUGUCAACAAACGUAAUCUGGACAAGUGAGAGAACUCAACUGUGAAAACUUCAAACUCUGAACAAGGACACAACACAGACACAUGAGCUCUGUUAGAUUUCUUCUUUGUUCAGCCAGGAGAAGCAUGAGGAGCAGCCACAGGCUCAGUUUGGUGUUCAAGAGCACUACAGAAGCUCAUAGGGGGAUUUAUCUAAUCUGGAAGUUUCACUACGAGUCAACAGUUUCAUUCUGUCGUCUCCAAGAAGGUUUUGUUUUCACCCUCACCCAUUGUUUGUUAGUUGGUUUGUUUUUAAGCAAGAUUACCAAACACACUACAGGAUGGAUUAUCAACAAGGUUUGAAGAUGGAUGUGUAAUAGAUCAGGGAAGAACACAUCAGAUUUUGGCGUAGACCCGGAUCAGGGGGCAGAUCCAGGAACUUUCUUUCUUUAUCAUAGCAAGAGGCAUUUUUCAACAUUUUCACCAAUGUCCAAGGAAUUGAUUCAUGAUGAAAAUAAUCAGCCAUGUGUUUGGAGUGUGUGAAAUUUGUUGCAGCUUGAUAGAAUUUAAGGAAAUUGUUGAGCCUUGGCAGCCAUUCUGGUUUUACUAAUGUAAUAGCACAGCUCAUCAGUUAGUAUCUUUGAUAAUUGUGUUGCGAUGCCAUCUAGUGGACAUUGUGGUGAUAUUGGGUUUGUAACAUGUAAACUGCAUUUAAGGAUUUUGUAACUUGUGAAUGUGUAUUUUUUUUAUCUCUCAAUUUUUCUGUAAUGUAAGGAAGUUUUGUUUGUAUAUAUUUUUUCACACGAGCAAUAAACACAGGAGCAAGAUGUGUUGUAAA